CAUGUCUGUAAUGUAGCCAGACAGGAAGCUCUACCUGACAUCGUCCACUGUGUCUGUAAUGUAGCCAGACAGGAAGCUCCCCUCCACCUGACGUCGUCCACUGUGUCUCUCUCCUGGUCCAGGUGUCAGAGUUUCAUCAAGGCUAAGAGGAAGUCAGACGAUAAGAGGAGGGAUCGCUUCCAGAACGUACUUCCUGUCCCUGGUAUCAAGACGUAUGUGGAUCCUGACACAUACGAAGACCCAACACAGGCUGUCCACGAGUUCACCAAGGAGAUAGAUCCUUCUAGAAUACGCAUCGAGAGGGUGAUAGGAGCAGGUGAGUUUGGGGAGGUGUGCAGUGGGCGUCUACGUACCCCAGGUGAGAAGGAGAUCCCGGUGGCCAUUAAGACCCUUAAGGGGGGCUACGUGGAGCGCCAGAGAAGAGACUUCCUCAGAGAGGCCUCCAUCAUGGGACAGUUUGACGACCCCAACAUCAUACGGCUGGAAGGAGUGGUCACCAAGAGCAGACCUGUGAUGAUUGUGGUGGAAUACAUGGAGAAUGGAUCCCUGGACUCUUUUCUGAGGCAUCAUGAUGGCCACUUCACAGUGGUCCAGUUGGUGGGGAUGCUGCAUGGCGUGGCGUCAGGGAUGACCUACCUGUCUGACAUGGGCUACGUGCACCGUGACCUGGCCGCACGCAACAUCCUGGUAGAUGAGGGUCUGGUGUGUAAGGUGUCUGACUUCGGCCUGUCCAGAGUCCUAGAGGACCACCCUGAGCCUGCAUAUAACACCAUGGGGGGUAAGAUCCCGAUCCGUUGGACAGCUCCCGAGGCCAUCACCUACAGGAAGUUCUCUUCAGCCUCCGACGUCUGGAGCUACGGCAUCGUCAUGUGGGAAGUGAUGUCGUACGGGGAGAGACCUUACUGGGAGAUGUCCAAUCAGGAUGUGAUCCUGUCUAUACAGGAGGGAUACCGUCUCCCUGUCCCCAUGGGCUGUCCUGGGGUUCUCCACCAGUUGAUGCUCCACUGUUGGCAGAAGGAGAGAGGUCAGAGACCUCACUUCAACAGCGUGGUCUCCUUCCUGGAUAAACUCAUCAGGAACCCCACUAGUCUACUGACACUGGUGGACAACAGUUUUCCAGAAUCACUGGAGGACAUGCCGGACUACCCUCCGUUCAUCUCCAUCGGUGAUUGGCUGGACUCCAUCAAGAUGAGCCAAUACAAGAACCAGUUUCUGGCAGCAGGAUUCACCACCCUGGACUCUGUCUCCACCAUGAGUAUAGAGGACAUCAGGCGUAUCGGUGUGUCUCUGAUUGGCCACCAGAGGAGGAUGGUGAGCAGCAUUCAGAGUCUCCGUCUACAGUUCCUCACCGUCCAACACAACGGAUUCCACAACUAAACCAACCCCCCCCAACAGUCUAGGACUGCACAGACAGACAGAGAGGCCUGGGUGUGUUCAUUCGGGACACACCAAACGGAAAGAAAACAAACUGAAACAGAGAGCGAUUACCCGAACUCGUUCAAUAAGAAACGCUUGCUUCUGAACUUCUAGAUAUUCUCCCGGCGGACUGGUGAACUGUGUUACCCAUGGACUACUAUCAUGGCGUCUAUCCCUGAUCCAGAAGACUUGGGGAUGGAAGUAGUUUCAGCCCACGUCCUAAACAGCACCCUAUUUCCUUUAUGGUGCAGCGUUUAGAACAGACACAUGCGGUAUGAAGCACACGGAGAGACAAGUGUACUGAUGGGUCUUCCUCUAAUCAAGUGGACGGAGACCGACUGAAACAAGACUCUCAGUUUAGAGACCACUACUUUUGACAAAAUGGGAUGAUAAAAUGUGUCUUAUUUAUUUCCUUGUUCAUUUAUCAAGCAGCAGUUCACUGGAGAUUCUGACAAACUGGAAGAGAAAGGACAAUGUGGAGGAGAUUCUGACCAACUGGAAUAGAAAGGACAAUGUGGAGGAGAUUCUGAUCAACUGGAAUAGAAAGGACAAUGUGGAGGAGAUUCUGAUCAACUGGAAGAGAAAGGACAAUGUGGAGGAGAUUCUGAUCAACUGGAAGAGAAAGGACAAUGUGGAGGAGAUUCUGAUCAACUGGAAUAAAAAUGACAAUGCGGAAGAGAUUUUGGAGCAAAAGAGAAGACAAAUGAAUGUCAUCUGAUUUUAUAAAUGUAUAGUCCAUCAUCAACCAUAAUAUAUAUGAUGUAUUUGUGCAAAAGUAAUGUUCUGUGAAAAAGACUUGUUUAGUUUGAAUAGACAGCCUUGUUUAGUUUGAAUAGACAUCCUUGUAUAGUUUGAAUAGACAGCCUUGUAUAGUUUGAAUAGACAGCCUUGUUUAGUUUCAAUAGACAGCCUUGUUUAGUUUGAAUAGACAGCCUUGUUUAGUUUGAAUAGACAUCCUUGUUUAGUUUGAACAGACAUCUUUGUUUAGUUUUCAUCCACAAUCUAUAUCUUUACUCAGCAAUAUGCAGUUUCCUUAGCUGACAAGUCUGUUUCUGCUAUGUCACACUUCGUCACUCAUUGCCCUGCCUUGUUUGGCUUGACAAGGACAAAGUAGUCAAGGGCAACAACAGAUCUGGGACCAGGCUACAGUUUCCUCACUUUAUAGAACACAAAGAAGAGUGCAGCUCAACUCCACAACAAAUCACCAACCGAAAACAACCUCAAGACGUACCAUAAGAAACACUUUACUUUGACUGCAGUACAAUCCAUAGUGCUUGAGCAUCGAGAACAGGGCUCUCCAGCCCUGUUCCUGGAGAGAUACCUUCCUGUAGGUUUUAACUCCAACCCUGUUCCUGGAGAACAUAC